AGAGAACCUGUUUUCAUAAUAAAAAUAAUUGGUAAAAGUGGCCGAACUGACUGACUCGACUCCAGACCAGAUUGGACGCAGUACGAAAUAAUACGCUGCGUGGUUUGGUUGUGGUUUGCCCUACCCAGUUUCACACAUCAUCUGUGAUUUCAAGAUGAAAUUGGUUAUCUUACCCAUUGUGGCAGUUCUGUUCUUAUCAGGGAGCGGAAAUGGACAAGAAGGCGGGAACGUGACCUCCAGCACUACAGUGGUCACGACGAGCACCACCACCACGACGGCACAGCAGAUUCCACAAGCUGUCGCCUCCACUCCGGCGACACCCGUGGUAAAACUGGGACCAGUUGUGACCACCAAGUCUGGUCAGUUGAGACCGCUCGUCCUUACGUCGAGACAGGGUCGAGAAUAUUAUGCCUUCCAAGGCGUUCCCUUUGCCAAUCCGCCUGUACAAUUUCAGCGGUUUAAGGUUCCUGCCCCUGUGACUCCGUGGGAAGGAGUUCUCAACGCGACGAAAUUUGCCCCACCCUGCGUCCAGUAUAACGUUCUGAUCGAUGAAAUUGAGGGUGAUGAGGACUGCUUGUAUCUCAACAUUUUCACGCCAAAGCUGCAAGAUAAAUCCAAUCCAGGGGAAAAUAAGUUUCCCGUUAUGGUCUUCAUUCAUCAAGGAGCUUUCAUGUUCGGAAGUGCGCAAGACUACGAGGCGAAAUACAUGAUGGACAGCGACGUCAUUUUGAUAACGCUGGCUUAUCGGUUGGGCUCUUUUGGAUUUCUGAACACGGAGGGUGGCUCGGAUGCGAAUGGAAACAUGGGUUUGAAAGAUCAACUUAUCGCUCUGCAAUGGAUCCAAGAUAACAUCGAGGUGUUCAACGGGGAGAAAAGUUUGGUGACGAUUAUGGGCGAAAGUGCGGGAGCAGCCUCCGUCCAUUACCACAUCCUAUCCGAGAAGAGCAAAGGUCUAUUUUCUCGCGGAAUAUCCAUGUCCGGAACGGCCCUGUCGCCCUGGGCGUUCACUCGCAACCCGCGUGCCAACGCCAUCAAACUCGCGACCAUGCUCAACUGCCCCACUUCCGUCAUGUACGAACUCUUCAUUUGUCUCCAGGACGUCAACGCGACGACUUUGGCGCAAAAGCACAAGGACUUUUUCGAAUGGGGGACGGACCCGAUUGCCCCUUUCGCACCCUCCGUCGAGGUCAGUGUCGAGAAAGAGGGCGUUUUCAUCGACGAGUCGCCAUACGCUCUCAUGAAAAAAGGACAGAUUAAUGAUGCUCCCUGGAUGGUCGGAGUUGUGGAAGGCGUCUGCUUACUGGAUGCGUGGAGUGUACUAGCGGAUAAGCAACUUAUCGCUGAAAUGAAUGUUGAUUGGCAUCGUAUAGCGCCGCUGGCGUAUACUUAUCGGGACACGGCUCUGGAACCGGACGCAGUCUCCAAUCAGAUUCGUGCCUUUUACUUUGGUUCGAAAGCCAUUGGAAAUGAGACAGCGACGAAUUUGACCAACUUGUAUUCUGAUCGAUUAUUUAAUCACGGGAUGAGGUCGGCCCUCCUGCUGCACGGGAAGAAUAACGAGGCGGUCCCACUCUACCUCUACACCGUCGCCUAUCAAGGGGCACAGAGUCACUUGAAGUUUCUCCACAUUGAGGAGAAAUUGGGGGUUUCCGAAGGGGACGAGCUCCAAUAUUUGUUCAAUAUGGGACGAUUCUCGGAAAUUGGGAAGGGUCAUCCAGACCAAGACUUUUCGGAUAAGAUGAUCAAACUCUUUGUAUCUUUCGCACGAGAAGGGAAGCCGACGGGAACUUGGAGCCCUACCGAGUGGACGCAAAUGUCCCUGCAACAAGUCUCAGGAGACGAAGCUCUCAUGUUUUACCAGCUCGAUAAGACAGCUUCCUUCAUUGCGGAACCCUUCGCGGACAGGAUGUCCUUCUGGGACAACUUGCCCCUGAACGAGCUAGGCAACGAGGUCUCCUCCCCCCAAAGACGAAGUGACCUCUCAGCCAGCGGACUCAGCAUGGCUGACCUCAUGAAAUAAUCAACACCUCAAUCAAUUUUUACCCCUCCAUUUAAUUUAUUGUUACACAUUUAUGAAUACGAUCCACAUAAUAAUUUACAUAGUUCGCGGAAAAAUAGGACUAAAAACUAACGAAAAAUCCUGCUAAAAAUUUUUGUGCAGUUACAAA